AUGGGCAAAUUCAAAUGUCGUAAAAUACCCCACUACUUAUUGGGACAGUAUCUUGGCUCAUUUAUGGCCGCAUUUGCCAUAUUCUGCGCCUAUUAUGAAGGCAUUGAUGCGUACGAUGAGGGCAUACGUACAGCCUAUAACGGCACUACAGCCACUGGCGGUAUAUUCUCCACCUACCCGGCGCAGCACAUAUCGGUGCCGGGCACCUUGGUCGAUCAGAUUCUGGCCACGUUCCUGUUGAUGUUCGCAGUGAUGGCAAUUACUGAUCCAAAGGGUAUCGCCACACCUAAGCAUAUGGAGCCAACGGUACUGGCGCUGGUUAUUACUGGUAUAUGCGUGGCCUUUGGACUCAAUUGUGGCGCUGUGUUGAAUCCGGCCCGUGAUUUGGGGCCACGACUUUUCCAGGCGUUGGCCGGAUAUGGUUUCGAUGCCUUCAAGUAUGUAUACAUGAGAGAGAGAGAGAGAAUAGUUUUACCAUAA